AUGACCUCCUUGAUCAUUACUCAACUGGAACCGCAGUUGCUCCUUCAGAGUCUGGUUGUUGGAGCUCUCGAGUUGGUCAUAUGGAUGGACGGCGUUUGGAUGGUACCGAUCACAGAGACCAGAACUGCGUCAGCCGUGAGCUCCCCAAGUGCACGGAGGAAGGCUACGAGUGGAGCGAGCUCGAAAAGCAAUGCCGCAAGAAGGGAAAAACUGAGUGCCUCGACGGAUACCGUGAGGAGAACGGCCAGUGUGUCUCAGGCGACGUUCCUGACUGUGGAAAGAAUGGUACCCUGGAAGGAAAAGACUGUAUCGGCAAGAAGGAACCAACAUGCUCUGAUGACACAUACUGGGAUGGUGAAGAUUGUCGGUCACCAGACGAGCCAAACUGUGGUGAGGCUCGGUCUAUUCACGAGGCCAAAGGUUAGUAAACUGUAA